AUGGCAGAACUAGAUUGCGCCAAGUCCCUGAUCUGCAACAUCGCCCCUCAUCUCACUACAAACCACUGCUACAUCAAUGCCAAAGAAGAAUUCGUGCAGAUGGUUAUCAACUUCUUCCAAAACGAAGGCCAGCCCUUCUCCAUUGACGAGUACCGAUUCCUCCUGAGCGAGCUCCUACUCCAACUCCAGAACGAACAACUAGAAGUUGAAGCCGAGAGAGACAUAACGUUCCCCGAAGUGCCAAUGGGGUCAGCGACAACCCAGGAAGAGCUCAACAAGUCCAUCCUCGAAUGCAGGGAGCGCGUCCCGGAAUUGGUAGCCCGACUGAUGGAACUUAAUCAGUACGCCACUAACCUUACAGCGUUCCCCGACCAGCUUACUAUGGCGGACCGUAUCAUGUCUCUUGGUGACCGCCUUAGGCCGUUGUUCCCUCGCGCACGGCAAACUGGAGGCUCGUUCUUUCAGUCUAGGACCAUCGGUGUGCUUUCUGUCUGGCUUGACCAUCAAAUCGUACUGAUCAAAUGGGACGGCGUGACUCCAAACAAGCUUAUUACAACGCAGAUAUCACAUUUAACGCGUUGCAGAAAAUUUGUCGAAACUGGGAGUGCUGUUUCGUAG